CCAUGCUAGAAAUCAUCAUAGUCAUGUGAAAUGGCUGAGUCCAAAUGAGGACAUGCAGCGAAUCUUUGUUCAAAUUUCAAUAGCUUCAUCAUUUUUGUUAAAAAGAAAAAAGAAAAAGAAAAAUACUAAAAGGCACAAGAGAAGAGUAGCAGAGCGUGAUUUACUAACUCAUCUCUUUCAAUGUUGCAUUUCAAGAAGGGCGAGGCAGUGGAGGCCACCCACCCUAAAAACCCAGAGAACCGUAACCGUCUCUACCCUGCUUCCGUUCUCCGCGCCACCAACAAUAACCGCCUCCUCCUCCAGUACCACACUCUCUUCUCCGACCACCCUCCCAACAACCCCCUCCGCUACUCCCUCCCCCUCUCUUGCGUCAGGCCCAAGCUUCCCGACCUCCUCAACCCCUGGUUCAAGGUUGGCGAUCCCGUCGACGCAUACUGCCACUCUCACGGCGGCGCUGCCUGGUGCUCCGCUACUGUCGACGAUAUCCUCGAGAACUCCAGGUAUGCGGUGUCGUUUUGGGAUGAGAAGGGGAAUGUAAGCACGGAGCGUGCGGUUAUUGAACAAUGCAGGAUGCGCCCUCACCGUGAAUGGGUCCAUGGAUACUGGGUCCCACCUCUUCCGUCUCAAAUGGAUAACAAUAUCCAAUAUACAUCAAGCAAGCCAAAGAAACUCAAAGCUGACGAAACCUAUAAGGAGCAGCCACCUGAGAUGGUGUCGAUGACGAAUACAGGAAAUUUAAGAUUUAAGAUCAAAUAUAGCAGGAGACAAUUAAAAGAGUCAAAGUUUAAAAAAGGCAGAAUGGUGGAAGUCAGGGAUGAGGAUGAAGGUUACGAAGGUGCUUGGUUCGUUGCUACUAUUGUUAGCUCAGUAGGAAAAGACAUGUUUCUUGUAGAAUAUAGGGACCUCUUAGCAGAUGAUGGAACUCAUCAGCUCUUGCAAGAAGUCGUCUAUGAAAAAUUCAUAAGGCCCUGUCCACCUGAAGUUCCCUCUGUUAGCUCUUUCAAACAGUUUCAAGAGGUUGAUGCAUGGUAUAAUGAUGCUUGGUGGGAAGGCGUGGUUCUUGCAGUGGUAAAUAGCAGCGAGUAUUUUGUUUCUUUCAUGCACAACGAUGUUUUGAGAUUUGAAAGUUCCAAGCUAAGACCACACCAAGACUGGUUUGAUGGAAAAUGGGUCAUGGCAUCUAAGGGGUCAAGGGAACUGACAAAGAAGUUUGGAGAUGUGAUGUCAAAAGCCAAGAAUCUCACUGGUAAUAAAAUAAUAUUGAAAUGUCUGAAAUCUCUCGAGCCAGAGCUGGAACAGAUGCCAAGAAUUCUAAUGUCAGGGUCCAGGAACAGCAGCAUUCAAUUUGCAUCGCAUUUAUAUAAAGGUGCAAAGGUAGAAGUCAGGAGUGAUGAAGAAGGUUACCAAGGUGCCUGGUACACUGCCAUCAUUGUUAACUCUUUACAGAACGGCAAGUAUGUGGUGGAGUAUCUCACCCUGAAAACUAACGACUUAACCGAACAACUGAGAGAGGAAGCAGAUGCUUCAGAUAUCAGGCCAGUUCCACCAGACAUUCAACAUCGCCAUCGCUAUGUGCUGCGUGAAUGGGUUGACGCUUGGUACAACGACGGAUGGUGGAAAGGCCAGGUAUGCGGUUUCGCUUGCUUCAGGUAUAGUGUUUACUUUUGGCCUACAAAGGAGCAGCUGGAAUUUGAACAUUGUCAUCUAAGGCCUCACCAAGAAUGGAUUGAUGGAAGAUGGGUACAUGCUUGAUGCUCCUUUGGUACAAGGCCGUUGAUCAUCACAAUGUGUUUAUAUUUACUUAUCGUGCAGGCAAAUAAGAAUGCACCUUUAACCUUAUUCUUGCUUUUUGUCUGUUCAUUGUGCAGUCCUUUCUAACUUCUAAUUGUUUCCUUAUUAAGUUAUUUUAGAUACCUUUUGUUGA